AGCGGCUGUGGACGGCACCCGAGCUGCUGCGCGACGCGGCUCUGGAGCGGCGCGGCUCGUUCCGCGGCGACGUUUACGGCAUCGGCAUCAUCAUGCAGGAGGUCAUCUGCCGCAGCGCCCCCUACUGCAUGCUGGGGCUGCCGCCGGAGGAGAUCAUAGAGAAGGUCGCCCGCCCCCCCCCGCUGUGCCGCCCCGCGGUGUCGGCGGACCAGGCGCCGCUGGAGUGCAUCCACCUGAUGAAGCAGUGCUGGAGCGAGCAGCCCGACAGGAGGCCCAACAUCGACCAGAUCUUCGACCAGUUCAAGAGCAUCAACAAGGGGCGCAAGACCAACAUCAUCGACUCGAUGCUGCGCAUGCUGGAGCAAUACUCGAGCAACCUGGAGGACCUGAUCCGCGAGCGCACCGAGGAGCUGGAGAUCGAGAAGCAGAAGACGGACAAACUGCUCACCCAGAUGCUGCCCCCCUCGGUGGCCGAGGCGCUGAAGAUGGGGACCCCGGUGGAACCCGAAUACUUUGAGGAGGUGACGCUGUACUUCAGCGACAUCGUGGGCUUCACCACCAUCUCGGCCAUGAGCGAGCCCAUCGAGGUGGUGGAUCUGCUCAACGACCUCUACACCCUGUUCGACGCCAUCAUCGGUGCCCACGACGUCUACAAGGUGGAGACCAUCGGGGACGCCUACAUGGUGGCCUCAGGGCUGCCAAAGCGCAACGGGAACCGGCACGCGGGGGAGAUCGCCAACAUGUCGCUGGACAUCCUCAGCUCCGUCGGCACCUUCAAGAUGCGCCACAUGCCCGAGGUGCCCGUGCGCAUCCGCAUCGGCCUGCAUUCGGGGCCGUGCGUGGCCGGGGUGGUGGGGCUGACCAUGCCGCGCUACUGCCUCUUCGGGGACACCGUCAACACCGCCUCGCGCAUGGAGUCCACCGGCCUGCCGUACCGGAUCCACGUCAACGCGCGCACGGUGGCCAUCCUGCGGGCGCUGCAGGAGGGCUUCAAGCUGGACAUCCGUGGCAAGACGGAGCUCAAGGGGAAGGGCGUGGAGGACACUUACUGGCUGGUGGGACGCGAGGGUUUCACCAAACCCAUCCCCACCCCCCCCGACCUCCUGCCUGGGGCCAGCAAUCACGGCAUCAGCCUGGAUGAGAUCCCGGCCGAGCGGCGCCGCAAGCUGGAGAAGGCACGACCAGGGCAGGUCCUCAAAUAG